CGAAUGUACUUGAAGCUAUCUCAAAGCGAGAAGAAGAAAAUGGGUUGCAAUAUAUAUAUUUCAUAACUCUAUCAUCAUUAUUUGCAUUGCUACUACUUUCAUCGCCGGGUUAAAAUAGGCAGGCAGACAUGUCAUUGAAUAAGACUGCUAUCUCAUGACUCGAAUCAUGUUUUAUUUUUUCAGGCCAAAAAAAUUGAGCCCUAGACCAUUUAUAACGGCAAGGCAAUCAUCGUCAUCGUCAUCAUCAAAGCGAUGGCAAUCGCGCCAAUUAAAGGAUCAGUUCACGCGCGAAGCGACAGUUCAAGGGCUCAAAAGCCGGGCGGCGUUCAAACUUCUCCAGAUCGAUGAAAAAUAUCGCAUAUUCAGGAGUGGACAAACUGUAGUUGAUCUAGGCUACGCCCCAGGUUCCUGGUCACAGGUUGCUCUGAAUCGCACCCAACCAGGUGGCAGGGUUCUUGGUGUAGACAUAAUCCCAGCACAACCUCCAAAAGGCGUGUCAACAAUACAGGGCAAUUUCCUCUCUCCAGAGAUCCAAACCUAUGUCCGGGAAUUCCUGCGCGAUCCAGACAGAGGAAGACCUCGCAAUUCAAACUUGGUACGCGAGUCACAUCAAGCCGAGCUUGAUCAGCAGGACCAGAUUCAAAAAAUGGACGCCUACUUUGACGACUAUGGGGUACCAAAAGACACGUAUAAUUUGAGCACAAUGGACUCGGAAAUUGAAAGGACUGUUGAUGUGGUUCUUAGCGACAUGUCUGCUCCCUGGCUCCAAACAACUGGUUUUUGGAAGAGAAGUCUAAGUGACCCGUAUCACAGGAUGAUGAACACUACCGGAGUGAGCUUCAAAGACCACACUGGAAGUAUGGAUCUUUGUCAAGCUGCUCUUGAAUUCAGUUUCCAGACCCUUAAAACAGGAGGUCAUUUCAUCUGCAAAUUCUACCAAGGAAUUGAAGAUAAGCCUUUCGAGCUGCAGUUGAAACAGUCAUUUGCAAAGGUAUAUCGAUUGAAGCCAAAAUCAUCUCGAAGCGAAUCAAAAGAGGCUUAUUUCAUUGGUCUUAAUCGCAAGAAAGAGUCUUUGUAAAAGGAUGUCUUGAAAUUUUCUGAACAUGACAAGUAUCUAACAUUCAAUUAAACUUCAAACUUAGGUAAUUCCACAUGAAUCACACCAAUUCUAUCUCUUCAGUGUCCUCCUCUGAUCCUUCAUCCCAUUCAAUAUCUGCAGCUGCUUCUGCUCUUAGCUGAACCUAAUAAAUGUCAGCUAGGCCAAUUGUACUGUGGUCUUCGAUUGAGACGAAAAAAAAUUGCAAUCAAGGCUUGGUAGUACCUCUUUAAGACCACUCAGAGUUUCCACAUAUCCAUCUUCGGCUAAGGCUCGUUCUACGAAUGCCCAACCGCCUUGCUUAUAUGCAUCGAUCACUUUAUCUGAGCAUGCACUGCAGCA